UGUUAAACCAAACCGACCAAACAUGGCGGCCGAUCCGUCACUAAAUCAUUAUGGUAUUUCGUGGCACGAUAGCGCUUGGAUUCCCAUUCUUACACCAGAAAAUGUUCUUGAAUAUUUUUCACAAAGGACCAACCCUUUCUACGAUCGAACUUGUAAUAACGAAAUGAUCAAAAUGCAACGCCUGGAUAUGUCUCAAUUAACAAUGAUGCAAGGCUUAGAAUAUAUUUUGCUUCAUGUUCAAAAUCCAAUCCUCUUCGUCAUCAGAAAACAACACAGGCAUUCACCCACACAAGUCACACCAUUGGCAGACUACUACAUCUUAGCUGGAGUUGUGUAUCAAUGUCCUGAUCUGGGUUCGUUGAUCAACUCCAGAAUGUUGUCAGUUUUACAUAAUCUUACUGCUGCCUUUGAUGAAGCGUUUUCCUAUGCCAGAUACCAUCCGUCCAAAGGUUACUGGUGGGAGUUUAAAGACGGUGAAAAUAAAGCUGAAAGAGAUAUAAAAAAGAAAAGCAAUAAAGACAACUCAAGAACGGCAGCAAGUUCGUUAUUUCAACGUCAACAUGUUGAUUUACUCCUAGAAGAACUCUUUAAGAAAUUUCCUCCACAACGCGUUAAGUUUCCUGGUAAUGCUGUGGAGAACGUCGCUACAGAAUCCUUGAAAGACGUAAAGGAACCUGCAGUGAAAAUCGAGGCCAUCACCAACGUUCAGUCGUUACGUCAGUCGGAACAAAACCGAUCACCGGAGAAACGUUCCUUAUCCAACGUUGAAACGGUUGAAACUCCCGAGACCAAACCUUCCACAGUGAAGAAACGAAAAUGACAUCAAUAAGACUUUUGAGGAUCCUUGUCAUCCAACUUAAAACAACCUUUCAAAGCAUUAAUAAACGACGACAUUGAUGUUGUCCUUAUAGGAGAAAGUAAACAGUUUUCCCAACCAUUUUUAAAUAAAUUCUUAUUUAAAUCAAAUUAGGUAGUUUGAAUUCACCUAAACCAAGUGCAUUUAGAAGAUCACGUGAAUACAAUGUUUACACUUUCAGCAAUAUA